UUCUCUUUCUCAGUGGGAGUUCUUUCGGAUCAAAUUUUUUUUCUCUUCGGUUUCCAUCCAGGGUUCUUGAGCAAGGAUGCUUCUAAGAUGCGUGACGCCGGCGCUACGAUCGCCGCUUCUCCUGGAUCUCUUGCCCUAAUCUCUGCGGCAUUUUCUUGGCGCGUCCUCCGGAUGUCGAGGAUGUGAGAGCGCUAGCGCUGCGCGGGAUGGACGCUGUGAAUGUCUUGUCGCUGAGCCAGCAGCAGAUGGAUUCCGUGAGGGAUGGGAGCGAGCAUCACCUCCAGGGCGUGCAUCACUUCGCCAUGGCACCGGAGAGCCAUCACCACCAUCAGCAGCAGCAACAGCAGCAUCACCACCACCACAUUCCUGGUCAGUACGUCGUGAGGGAUGGCCAGCAUUUUGUGCUCCGGGAGGAUCUCCAGGGAGUGGCAGCGCAGUAUGGCGUGCGAGAGGGCGAAUUGCAAGGAAGCCAGCAGGCUCUGGUGGCUCUAGCAGGAGGAAUGGGUGUGGUAGCUCCCGGCUCCCACGAUGAUCAUCACCAGGCCGUGAACAAGCUAGAGCUCCGAUGGACCGAGCAGGGGUUCUGCGAUGCUAGAGGCGAUGGCAGCGGUGGAGGGCAGCACCAGAUCGUGAAAGAGGUCCGGUGGGAGCAGCCACUCUACAGUGGCCGGGCCGAGAGCGUCUCGGUGAUGGAAGGAGCUCACCACGUCUUAGAUGGCUCGCACCACGUAGUCAUGCAAGCGGAGGGUGGGAGGUGGGAGGAUCCUUCUCUUUGCGAUGCCAACGACGAUGACGAGCUGAGAAACGAUAGCGACCAGCCCGACUCGAAGCGGACGAGGGAAGUCCGAUGGACGGAGCAGGCUCUGUGCGACGCGGUGGCGGCUGUGAAAAGUGGAUCCUUGACAGCCUACAAAGCGAGCAAGGACUUUGGGAUUCCUCGGUCGACUUUGCGGAACUGGUUGAACGGGAGGAACAGGUCUAGGAAGCGCGGGCCGAAAGUAGACGAGGCUCUCUCGUUUUGUCGCCAGGAGAUGCAGGGCGAUCAGCAUCCCGGAACGCUGAUGAUGGGGAACGAGGUGACGUUAAACUCCGGUGAGGAGGGACAUGGGAGUGACAGUAAGGAGGAUAGUUUGCUGCGGAAGAGGAGGCGAGUGUGGACGAAGCAUACGCUGUUUGAGGCACUCAACGCUGUGAGGAACGGGGGCAUGGCGGUGAGCAAGGCAGCACAGGUUUACGGCAUUCCAAACUCGACGCUUGACUACUGGAUGAAGGAGCAAGAGAAGAAGUCAUCGUCGUCAGGGACCGAGGUUACUGUAUACGGGCAGCCAUUCCAUGGUAGCAGGGAGGAUGCCUAUGCAAUGGCUGUGGCGGAGAUGAAUGACGAUGAGGAUGAUGAGGAAGACGACGAAGAUGACGACGAGGAGGACGGUGGUGACGAUCAGAUUCCUGAUGGUGGCGAGAAGAAGGAGCGUUUGAAGAAAAAGGCCAGAGAAGGGAAGAAGAAAGUUGGCUGCUGGACGGAGAAGGCGCUGAUGGAGGCUAUGGAAGCGAUUAAAAACAACACCUUGACGAUCUGCAAAGCAAGCCGGGCUUAUGGCAUACCACGGACAACGCUCAGGAAUUGGAUAACAGGUCGGACAAGGUCCCGGAAACGCGGCCCGCACACAUCUCUCGCUUUCGAGCAGGGAGACUCUAGUUUGGGAGAAGAAGGUGUUAGGAUGACUGGGGAAGACUUCCCAUACAAUGACGCUAGCGAGGAGCUUACGCCUGGAAGGGACGACGCCUGCGUGGAGCAGCAGCUCGAGUCCGCGGAGAUCUCCAUGUCCGGAGGCAAGAAGCGGGGAAAAGGUGGCAAAUGGACAGAGCAGGCGCUGCUAGAUGCCGUGGAAGCCGUGAAGAGUGGCUCCUGCACUAUCGGCAGCGCGGGGCAGCAGUUUGGGAUCCCGCGCUCGACACUCAAGUACACGCUCAACGGUGCACAGAAGAGAAGCCCGAGUGGUGGUGGUGGUGGUGGUGGUGAAGGCAAGCAGGAGGAAGACGAGGGCCAGUUUGAGUCCGGGGAGAUGAAAGAGUCGGACGAGAAGUCGAGGAAGAGCAACGGGUGGACGGAGCAGGCGCUCCACAACGCUCUCGCGGCGAUCAAGAACGGGAUCUCCAUCCGGAAGGCCGGGCAGUGCUACGGGAUCCCCAGGACGACGCUGAGGAACUGGCUCAACGGGAGGACGCACUCGAGGAAGAGAGGCCCGCACGGAGGAAUGACGAGGGGCGAGCAGGAGUCGGCCAUCGUGGAGUGGUUCUUCAGCAUCCAGCAGGUAUCGCAGUCGCUCAUGACGCUCAACUCGCUGCGGCGGAGGGUGGCGCCGCUGUCGGUGAACAAAGGCUCGCCGUUCAAGGACGGGAUCCCCGUGAAGAAGUGGUGGGUGUGGUUCAACCGGCGGCACCCGGACGUGGCGGCGCGGGUGGGCGAGGGGCUGCAGGAGGCGCAGAACCGGAGCCUCAUCGACGAGAUGUCGGUGGUGCAUAUGGUGACCGGGGAGCACUUGCAGAUCCUCCGGCGGAAGGUGGAGGGCGAGAUGGACAAGAUGGAGCUGUCGCUGGUGCAGCGGGCGGAGGAGUUUGAGAGCAGCAGCCAGGAGGAGGCGGAGGAGGAGGAGGAGGAAGAAGGCGAGCAGUCGGCCAUGGCGGGAGGAGGAGGAGCUCUGGAGCAGCAGCAGCAGCAGCAGCAUCACCAGCACCAUCCGAGCGGUGGAAGUGGCGGCGGAGGGAGCGGUAUCAUUGCCGCUCCCACCGCCAACAAUCCAGGGGCAAGCUGCUGCGAUCGCUCCGACGCUAACAUCGCUCAUCACCAUCACUCGCAGCACCAGCACCACCAUUCUCACCACCAUCACCAUACUCUGGUUUAGCUGCGCUGUGCUUACUCUUGCAACAAGAAACACACGUAUAGUUUGACUGAUUA